AUGGCUCAGCUGGUCCACAAUGCUGUCGAGAAGGCUCCAGUCCUGUUAAACGCUGCUGUAACUUAUUCGAAGCCUCACUUGGUCACAUUUUGGCAGUAUACCAAGGUUGAGCUGGUUCCUCCAAGUCCUACUGAGAUCCUCAGAGCCACUGAAAGCCUGAAGAAAGUCAUCUCAUCAGCUCGAACUGGUAGCUUCAAAAAUCUCACAGUUAAGGAAGCUCUGCUAAACACUUUGGUGGUCACUGAGGUGUGCAUGUGGUUUUAUGUUGGAGAGAUCAUAGGCAAGGGUGGCAUCAUUGGAAAUAAUGUUUGA